AUGAGCCACAGCAACAAUCAUCCCGACCAGGUGAAAGGAACUUGGGAGCCGGAGUUCAAAGGUCUGUGUGAUAUCCUAGAGAAAAAAAUCGCCAACGAAACCGAAGUCGGAGCCUCAAUCACAGUUAACGUUGACGGCAAAAACGUGGUCGACAUCUGGGGCGGAUAUCGCGACGAAGCGCGAUCGGAGGCAUGGGAAGAAAACACAAUCGUCAACGUCUUCUCGACCACCAAAAACAUAGUCAAUCUCGCUAUGUUAAUAUUGAUCGAUCGAGGCCUGCUUGAACCGCAUGCGAAAGUUUCGAAAUACUGGCCCGAGUUCGCUCAGAACGGCAAACAAGAUGUCAAAGUGCGCCAUCUCAUGUCUCAUACGUCAGGGCUAGCAGCGUGGGACGAGCAUAUGGAGUUAUCGGACUUGUAUGAUUUUGAGAGUGCUGCGGCUAAACUGGCGGCUCAGCCUCCGGCAUGGACGCCCGGCACAGCGUCGGGUUAUCAAUCCCUGACUCAGGGGUUCCUGCUGGGCAAGCUCGUCCGUCAGGUAACGUCACUGACGCUGACAGAGUUCGUCGACAAAGACAUCGCAGCGCCAUUAGAAGCCGACUUUCAAAUUGGAGCAAAACCCUCCGACUGGCCGCGCAUCGCAAACAUGAUCGGAUACACCCUCACAACGCCCUCCGAUCUAGACACCAAGUCGGUCGCCUACAAAUGCCUCAACAACCCCAUGUUCCCAUUCGAGAUGGCAAACACUCCCGAAUGGCGGAACGCCGAGUUAGGUUCCUGUAAUGGACACGGCAACGCUCGAUCUGUUGCGCGCAUUCUCUCUGCGAUAUCAACAGGCGGCGAAGUAGAUGGCAUACGUCUGUUGAAGCCCGAAACGAUCGAUUUGAUCUUUCAAGAGCAGGCGAUGGGCACCGACCUAGUCCUUGCAUUUCCAUUCCGCUUUGGCAUGGGUUUCGCACUGACGGCACCCGAUAUAUGGCCCCCGUACCUGCCGUCGAACGGUCGAGUGUGUUGGUGGGCUGGGGCAGGCGGAUCGAUUGGCGUGAUGGAUUUGGACCGGCGGAUGACUAUCGCGUAUACGCCGAAUAAGAUGCAGGCACUGGGACCGGCUGGGGAGUAUGUUGAGUGUAUCUAUAAAAUCUUGGGUGGACGGACACCAUCGCUCAUCUAA